AUGGUUAUUCGUUGGAACAGGUAUGAGGAUGGGAACAGGGCUGUGGAUGCUGUGAUAAUACCACGUUCCACAAUAGGAACCACACCUUCAGGUCUGCAGGACCUCUCAGCCUUGGCUACAGAGAGAGGCAUGAGUGUGGCCUCUGUGACACUUGCCAGUGCCCUGCAGGUCAGAGGUGAAGCCCUGUCUGAGGAGGAAAUCUGGUCCCUCUUGUCACUGGCUGCUGAGCGGCUCCUGGAAGAUCUACGUAAUGAUUCCUCAGACUAUGUGGUCUGCCCCUGGUCACUCCUGCUUUCUGCAGCCGGAAGUCUUUCUUUCCAAGACCAUGUGUCUCACGUAGAGGCUGCACCAUUCAAGGCUCCUGAACUGCUCCAGGGACCCAAUGAGGAGGAGCAGCCAGAUGCAUCCCAGCCCCUGCAGCUUCAAGAGCCCGUCCACUCCCUCCUGCUGGCCAUGUGUGAAGACCAGCCACGGAGACGGCGGCCCCUGCAGGCGGUUCUGGAAGCCUGCCGGAUUCAUCAGGAAGAGGUGGCUGUGUACCCAGCCCCUGCCAGUCUCCAUAUCAGUCGGCUGGUGGGCUUGGUGCUGGGCACCAUCUCCGAGGUGGAGAGGAGAGUUGUAGAGGAACACACCUGUGAGCAGCAGAACAGAAGCUGCUUUCUCAGGAGCAGGCUGCACCAGGCUGGCAGCGAGAGCCCCGGGGCUCCGGCCUCUGAUGUUCUGCGGCCUCGGAGAGGAGAGACGCUCCUGUGGCUUCCUGGGCUUCUCACCCUCACCCCCAGUUCAGCCUUCAUCUCCUUCAGCGCAGAGGCUGUGGAGCAACUCCACAAGCGGCUACCCUUCCGAGGCCCCGCCCUGUAUGCUGUGACCAAAAAAGGGAAAUCCUACUUGGCUCUCAGAGACCUCUGUGUGGUCCUGCUGAACGGACAGUGUCUGGAGGUGAAGUGUGACGUGGAAUCCACAGCAGGAGCUGUCUUCUGUGCUGUCAUGGCCUUUUCCAACCUUAGGGAGACCACCUACUUUGGCUUGGCUUAUGUGAAAGGUGAAGAGUUCUUUUUUCUGGACAUGGACACUAGAUUGUGCAAAGUCGCCCCAGAAGGCUGGAGAGAGCCGCGCCCAAAAGGUUCCGUGGACACUUUAACACUCUUUCUGCGGAUAAAGUUCUUUGUCAGUCACUAUGGGCUGCUCCGGCACAGCCUGACAAGGCAUCAGUUUUACCUGCAGCUUCGGAAAGACAUUUUAGAAGAGAGACUGUAUUGCGACGAUGAGACAUUGCUGCACCUGGGGGUCCUUGCCCUGCAGGCUGAGUUCGGCAGUUAUCCUAAGGAGGCGGAGGGUAAAGCGUACUUCCGAAUUCAAGAUUACCUCCCGGCAAGGCUUACUGAGCGCAUGACAGCAAUCCGGGCCCAAGUGGAAGUCUCAGAAAUGCACCGGCUCAGUUCUGGACCAUGGGGAGAGGAUGCUGAGCUGGAGUUCUUAGAGGUUGUUCAGCAACUCCCAGAAUACGGAGUCCUGACUCACCGUGUUUCCCCAGAGAAGAAGAGACCGGAAGGGGAAAUGGCCUUGGGGGUCUGCACCAAAGGCAUCAUCCUCUACCAAGUGAAAGGCAGCCGCAGAAUCGCAACAUCCCAGUUUCUGUGGAAAGAAACUGGGAUGAUUUCAACUCACAGAAAAAAGCUCACCAUCACCAGCAGCACCACUGGGAAAAAGCACACCUUUGUCACCGAUUCAGCCAAGACCUGUAAAUACUUGCUGGGCCUCUGCUCCUCCCAGCAUUGGUUUAAUGCACAGAUGGGCUCUGAGCAGCCUUCCCAUCUUUUAACUGGUCAGGAUAAGUUUGCACAAAUAGCCAGCCUGAAUUGUUCACAGCAGACACAGACCAGCCCUCUCACGUGGAGUCGGAAGCUGUCCUGCUCGGAAAGUGAGUUGUGUAUACCCAGGUUGCAGAACGCCACAGGAAGCCAACAGGGCCCAUCCCUGGAGAACAUACAAGGGAGCAAGGAGCCCAGGGUGGAGAGACUCAGAAGCAGCCUGUACCCUGGCGGAGAACAGCUGCACAGCAUUGGUUUGAACCGGAAGCCAACUCAUACUCUCUUCGGGACAGCUGGUCACAGCGUGUGUGCAGGUGGGGACCGAACCCUGGCAGGUUCCAAUUGCUUGGGCAGGAGAACCCAGAUCUGUUGCUUCGACCCUGCCUCCGGGUCACAGAAUAGCAAGAGGAAGGGCUUUAUGGGAGAGCCCAACCAAGACAUCGUGUGUGUGAUGCUGAAGCGGGAUCCACUCCAUGGCUUUGGUGUUUGUGGGAACAUCCCCAGUGAAGAAAAGAAUGGCACAGCAAGUUCUGGCACGCUCUAUACAGACAUCCUGAGCAACAGGUGCCAGGGAAGACAAUCAGCACACACACAUGACCAGGACAGAAAUGCCAGAGGACCAGAAAUGGCUCAGGGUGCUGGUUCUCGUCCUCCAUCCCCUCUACAAACCAAUGCUGGGAAAAUCUACUCCGUGGAACUGGUUAAAGAAGAUGGAACGCUUGGAUUCAGCGUGACUGGUGGCAUUAAUACGAGUGUGCCUCAUGGAGGAAUCUAUGUGAAAUCUAUCAUUCCCGGAGGCCCAGCUGCCAAGGAAGGACAGAUCCUACAGGGUGAGGGACGCAUCAUGCUGGGAGUUGUGCUCUCUGUGGUUUAG